UGGUGAAUGGGCAGGUUCCGGGGGUUCCGGGGGCGGGGAGGGAUGCUGGUGGUGGUGGUGGUGGUGGUGGUGGUAGUGGUAGUGGGAGGAGGCAGGUGCUUGCGCAGGUUGAGACGGUCGUGGAGAGGCAUUUGCGGUUUGCUGAGGAGGCGUAUGUCGGGAGUGUGCCGUCGCCGGGCAUUUCGCCUGCGAGGCAGGGGGUGGAUGUCGAUGCGACGUCGCCGUACUAUGCGCUGUACCUGCGCCGGUUGCUGUCCGGGAUGCCGCUGGCGUGCCACGAGUCGUUUGCGCAUCCUGUGGCGUGCGUCAUGGCGAUUAGCUCGCGGCAUCCUGCGCCCAUCGAGGCGCUGCAGAAACUGUACCGGGAGACGAGCCAGGGCGAGCGAAGCCUGCCUCCUUGGGUGGAUGGCGAGUACCUGCGGUAUUACGUGCUGGUGCAUGACGAGGAGAACGGCGACAUCACCAAGUCGAUGGCGCUGUUUGACCAGAUGAAGCGGAACUUCGGGCUGCACUGCCACCUACUGAGGCUACGCAGCACGCUGAGCGCCGAAACCGACGACGACAGCAUACCCCUUCCGAGGAGCGACUGGAUGACGGCGGCUGAGGAGCUGGCCGAUAUUGAGGCGAGCGAGACACGGGAGGACUUUGAAGACCCCACGAGGUACAUUUUCGAAUCAGACGCCACGGCGAUACGGACAUUCGUACGGGAGAUGGUCACCCAGUCAGUGGUCCCCACCAUGGAGCGGAAUAUCUCGGUAUGGAACGACCAGGUAGCAUCGCGGCGGCGAGGCAUUAGCGGGCGGUUCAUGAGCCUGUCGAAGCGGUGGACGUUUGGUAGCUCAAGCCGCAGCUCGUCGGCCGGCGGUUCCAGCUCGUCGAGCAACUACGAUUCUCAGGGGUUCUACCGGGCGGACAGCCCCGAGGCCAUCAUGCGGCGAUUGGCCGACUUUGCCUUCAUGCUACGGGAUUGGAAGCUGGCCAUGUCGACAUACGAGCUCUUGCGUGGUGAUUUCCAGAACGACAAGGCCUGGAAAUACCACGCGGCGGCCAACGAGAUGGCUGCUCUCGCGCUGCUCAUCAUGCCACAAAACAUGUCGUCCAAGACGCGCAUCGAGACCAUCAACCAGAUGCUCGAGCAGGCAUUCUAUUCUUACCACAUCCGCUGCAACUCACUCUACGGCGCAGCGCGCUGCACCGUGUUGGCACUAGAACUCCUUCGCCUCCGGGGAGGUUCUGGGAUAGACGAGGCCGUCCGCUGGGGCAUCAGGGUCCUGGAAUCCAAGCUGAUGGGCCCGGUCGGCGACGCCCUUCUCAGAGAGCGCAUGGCGGUCUGCUACGCCUCUAAGCAAGGGGUCGGGUCACAGUCCUGGGGCAACAGGCGGCGCAAAUCGGCACUGUGGAGCGUGCUCAGCGCCGAGUCGUGGAUCUCCCAGGGCAAGUAUGUCCAGGGCCAAAAGUGCCUGAAGGCGGCGCGCGCGAUGCAUGCGCGCCUGCCCGGCGAGAGCGGCGUGCAGAAGUUUGCCGUGGCCAGCGAUUUCCUAGCACAUCUGAAUGACCAGGUCAAGGCUGGCUUGAGGGUGGACUUCACCCAUGGGGGAGAUUAUGACGAGGACGGGAUGGGCGAGGCCGAGGUGGACGAAGAGAGUGAGACGCUGGACAAUAAACGAUCUCGGAGGGCUAGCCUGAUUGCGCCCGUCGGAGGCAGCGCCGGGCUGGAGACGGCGCCCCUGCACGAUACGAAGCCGGCGAUGCUACCGGGCCAUGAAGGGGAUGCUUCUUCUCCUAAUGACGGGUUCGGUUGAUACAGGACGGGCCAAUAGAGGUAGACAAAGUUGAUGGCUUGCAUGGGUUGGGCGUUGUACUGUAUGGCUGUUUAUGCUAUGUAAUGUCUGAUGAUCUGAACAGCGAAGCUCUACGUCCCACCCCAUGCCAUGCACUUGUGUAGCCCCUCUUGC